AUGCUGCCCGUGCAGAAAAGGCCGCGAGGAGGCCGACAUUACUGCUCCGCCUGCGCCAAAUCUUUCUCCAAGAAGGAGCACCUCACCCGACAUAUACGCUCCCACACUCGCGAACAGCCUUUUCCCUGCCAAUUUUGUGGCAAGCGGUUCGGUCGCAAUGAUACCCUCACUCGCCAUACCCGAUCCCACCACCCUUCCCAGAUCCAUCCCCUCGCACAGGUUCCGGGCACGCACAAGUCAAGCCCAGGAGAAGUCUCUCAGGAUUGUCUCCAGAGCGCCGCUUCCUAUGUCCUCCAGGCUGGACACCCAGCCGAGCAGAAUGUUUCAAGGCGAAGCUCCUACGCCUCUGGGCCGGAUACAACCCAGCUAGACUCAUUACCACCGUCUGCGCCUGAAAUGACUGCACCCUUGGCCCUCGAGACAGUGUCUCUGUCGGACAUGAGCUCCGCCGACCAUGACGCCUCUCCCUUUCCUCUCCAGCCCGUCCAUCCCCCGGAUUCAAGAGAAAUGGGACGCAUUAAGGAUGAUGUAUUCAGUGACUACUAUUUCUGCUCAGACCCAUCCACAUGGCUGAAUGCGAGAGACUUCAAUCUGGAGCUAGACUCGGCCAACUUGAAUGCCACCUUUUCUUUCUCUCCCGAUCACCUCCAGCAAGAUUUAGGCGGACGAAAUGAGGUGAACAUUAUUGAUGACCUGCAUCACCCUCCAACCACAAUCAUAUCCCACAAGGAAGACCUUGUUCGUCGGCAAUGGUUCACCUUCGUGGACCCCGUUGAUACCGGCGACGUGACUCCGGAGAUUGAAACCGAGCAGACUCGCAUCGAUGAAAGCUUCCGAGAAGACUUACAUAAACGCCUCUGCCGACUUCCUCCGAGUACACCACUUCCAUCUGCUGACUUUUUAAACCAUUGCCUCCGCAGCUAUUUUACUCGCUUUCAUCCUAUUUUCCCGAUCCUCCAUGUGCCAAGCUUCCGGUUGUCCAGGAACAACACUCUGCUGUUGAUGUCCAUCUGCACCGUGGGAAGCCUAUUCUCAGGCUUUCCUCGUGCGGCUGUUCUUGGACAAAAGAUCUUCGAUCGCCUGAAUAAAGCCGCGUUGGCCUCGUGGGAGAAAUAUGUAUCGCGGGGCCCACAGACCGCGCUUGUGAUCAUUCAAGCUGCCUUAAUCGGACAUACGUAUGCAAUGUUAUCAGGUCAACCCUCGAAUCUGUUGACUAUGCAAUCAUUCCAUGGAACCAUCAUCACGUGGGCGAAAACAUGCCGUCUCUUCAAUCAAAACUUGGGGCCUCCCAGUCUCGGCGAUGGUGGCGACCAGGAUCUCGAAGGAUCAUGGAGAUUAUGGAUCCAGAAUCAAGAACAAGCAAGGGCCGUGGCAGCGCUUCACAUCCACGACACUGAGUACUGCACGCUUUUAAAUGUAGAGCCUCUCCUGCGACAUAUCGCGUGUCAAAUCCUUUAUAUAUCUCCCAGGCGGUCUUGGGAAGCCGCCACCGCCCAAGAAUGGCAGGAAUCUCUGAAAAAUGAACCCACAGACUUGACCGAUGUACGACGUACCCCAUCAUCUGGCCAAACAUUUCUGUAUCCGAUGCUUGCAGAAGAACAUGGGUUGAACUCCUUUGGUAUCUAUUGCAGACUGGAAAACAUUUCAGGGUCCAUCUCCGCAGCUAAAAUGCUGGGUUCUUGGCCUGCUUCAUCUGCCCACGCUGAAAUGAGUCUAUUGGAAUUUCACGAUACCUACCUCCGACAUAGCAUUGACGAUGCUACUGCAGCAGACGAUCCCUACAGUCUGGAAAUUCUCUGGCAUUCAGCUUUUAUUCUCAUGUCAGCUGACCUGAAUCGCCUGGAGCUGGCUCUCGGGCGACAGGGCUAUAUGGAGUCACAACUGCACCUAGAUCACGCGAAGAGUUGGGCACGAUCUAGAAAUGGGGCCCGCUGUGCCGCCCAUGGUGCCCUUAUUCUUCGAAAAUCGGAAGUGGUGCCCUUGGGAAGUAAUGUCGCAAUUCAUGUACCUCGUGUAUUAUACUGGGCUGCCCUGGUUUGGUAUUGCUUUUUGGAGUUUGCAAGGGACCAAUCCACCCAACUCGCAUACGAAGACUUGCGCUUCGAAGAGUUUAACAGGCUUGGAAUCAGAAUUCCUGACCUACUUCUUGGGGAAGAAUGGGCAUUGGACAAUUUCAAGAAAAUUUGCUUCGUUGAUGAUUUCUCUGGUUCACAGGGAUGGGAAAGUGGGAUGAAAAGGGGUUACGAGUAG